AUGGAGCCACAGAAAGGGGGCGCUAUGACCGUCACCAUUGCAUCCGCGCCCGACGAAGUCGACUUCGGCGCCAUCAUGGAGCUUAUGACUUCCAAGUACACCGUUGACUUGGUAGACCGGCACGUCGCUGCAAUACGCAAGCUUUGCAAGGUCUGCUGCAAUGGUUUCCUUCUGAAGCACUUGGAAGCACUGGUCGACCUGCUACACCUGGCCGUCGAAAGAUUUGCUGAAGGCCAAGACUUGGCACAGGCUCUCUGUGACUUCACACGCGUGGCAUCACAGCCCUUUGUGAGCUGCAAGACCUCAGACAUGAUCACCUACGGCCACCACCUCCCUGCCUUCAUCAAGGGCUUGGUCAGUGUCCUGACCUACACACUGCCGCCGGUAGCGACGGAGGCCCGACAAGAGCGGAAGGGCAUGUUUGAGCGCCUUCGGAUCGAGGUCGCCCACACCCUGGCUUGCUGGGCACGUUUCGGCCUGGACGAAGACAGCGUGGAGCUCUUGCCGAAUCAGCCACUGAUACAAGCGGUCGCGGAUUCCGGGACCCCAAAUCUGCGGAUUCUGCGACAGUCCAACGUCAUGGAUGCAGUCUCUGCCUCCUUCCGCUCGGAAGACAGCCCCGAGUCGAUCGUCAUCACGCUUGGGGCCAUCCGCGACAUGUCCUUGUACAGGCCCCUCGCAUGCCAGAUUACCAACUGCGGUUUGAUCUCCAACCUUGUCCACGUCAUCCGGGUGAAUUUGCUCGGCUCUGACGUCCUGCUCGUCGCGGCGGAGGUUCUGUGGAACGUUCUAGAGCUCGAUUGGGAUGGGGCGACCGAGGCUUUGGGCCAGGAGGAGGCCCGCUGCCGGGUGGGUGGGGCGGUGGGGCCCCGCAAUUUCGUGGCUCGGGCACGUACUGUGGAUUUUUUGACUUUCCGCAGUUGUCCUACCUGCUGCAGCAGUCUUGCUCAUGUCGGAUUUUGGCUACCUUGUCGCGGCGUCAGCGAAGUCCAAACAUUAGAAGAUCUCGGAAUCUCUGCUGCUGGAUUCUGCGGUGUGUGUGUGUUGAAUCUGAAAGAAAUCGAUGAAUUUCAUCCUCGGUUCGCCAGCUCGCAUUUUUGUUAG